UUUUCCUUUUCCUGAAUUGUCUUUUUCCUAUAUCAGAAAAAAGAUGUCUUCGAGUCGGAAGCAUCAUUUGAAGAGUUUGAUGCUUUCCAUCGCCAAAGAUUUGCUGGAAGAGGAGGAGAUAGAACGAGAGGAGGAGAGGGGGAGGUACAUGGCUGAGAGCUGUCCUCCUCCUUCUCUGCCACGGAGCAUGCAGGAACUGCAGGAACUGUGUAGAGAAAUCCAUCGCAAAAUCGACAAGACUGAUGAGGAGAGAUAUGACCUAGAGAUGAAAGUCAACAAGACCAACAAAGAGAUUGAUGAUCUGAAGAUCAAAGUUCAGGACCUGAUGGGCAAAUUCAAGAAGCCUGUCCUAAGGAAAGUACGAAUGUCUGCAGACGCCAUGCUUAAAGCUCUGCUGGGUUCCAAGCAUACGGUCAACCUGGACCUGAGGGCCAACCUG